CAGUUAAUAGCAACAAGAUUUCAAGUGUCACAUUGCAUUUAAGAAGUUUCGAGUUCAUAAGAAGUCUUUUUACCUCACAAUUUUGAAAUAACACAGACAUGGAGAUUGAAAUGUUAGACUGGAUAUUGGAGCACGCCAUGAAACAUGGCUAUGAUGAUUUAUUCUUCAAAAUUACAUCAGAAUUUACUGAGAAUGAGAUCAGGAUUAACUUCCCGAGAUUCUGUAAACAGAAGUUAUUCCACACUUUUGAGAGUCACGAGCUAGUGUACCCAGAUUAUCUCGUGUUACUUGAAGAUAUGAUGACAUCAUUAAAAUCUGAGACUAUGUGUGAGUUUGAAGAAAUUCAGUGCGUGCUCAUUGCAAUUUUUCUACUGAACAAUUUAAAGGUUGUGGAUGAUGGCGAAGAGAGAAUGAAGAUCGUGUUGGUGGACUGGGAGGCGGUAAAAGAAAACCUCACCUAUCAGGAUGAUAACUUCAAGGAUUAUUACACAAAGAACGUACGAGAUAUCCACGCGGCUAUAGAUGCGAGUAGCCAGGAAGACGUUGAUCGCCACAUGGACAGACUACUAAGAGAGCAACUGCGUAACCUUAUGGUCGCUUUGAAAACACCCACAGUAUCUUCAUAUUUAGAAAAGAUAAAUGGGGGUGAAGUAGUAGUAGAAAUUGCCAUACAGAACACCCCUGAAUAUAACAUGCUCUUACAUGCCUUUGAAGAACAGUUAAGUGAAGCUUCAUUAAGUAAACUGACACAAAGGCUGUUAAAUAUGAGGAAAUCUCGAGUAGAAAAACAAGCAGGAAACCUCAAGGAACCUCAAACUUCGAAAAAUACAGGAACAGGAGCAAAGGAAAAUAUAUCCAGGAAUAAAGAACUGUGUGUGUCAAAGGGAUCACCUUCAGAUUCUUGUGUAAGGUAUACAAUUAUGACUCUGUGCUCCGAGAAAGUUACCUUAGCUAUACCAGCUGAUGUCAAGCGUUAUUCAAUUUUCAAGGAAUUGAACCUUGAGAAUUCUAACUGUACACCAGAUCCCUGGUCUAAAAAUGAAAUUAAUGAAUUAAAAGAUGUAUUUAAUAAACUGCAAAAUUACGAUAUGAAACUAAAAAAGUUUCUUGACCAAAACCGGCUUAAGACAAGGGAAGGAAGAGAUGGUCUCUCUCCUGAGAUAUAUUUGAAUUCUGGUAGUGUACCGUCAGAAACUCUUGAAACUGAUGAUGAAACUAUAAUUUAUAGAGAAACUUCACAUAUGGAAACCGAUGGUGAUUGUGAAACUUCAUGUGAUAAAAACACACCCGUUGAUGUUGAAACUUCAUGUGAUAAAGACACACCCGUUAAUGUUGAAACUUCACCUGAUAAAGACCCACCUGUUAAUGUUGAAACUUCACCUGAUAAAGACACACCCGUUGAUGUUGAAACUUCACCUGAUAAAGACACACCCGUUGAUGUUGAAGCUUCACCUGAUAAAGACCCACCCGUUGAUGUUGAAGCUUCACCUGAUAAAGACCCACCUGUUAAUGUUGAAGCUUCACCUGAUAAAGACACACCCGUUGAUGUUGAAGCUUCACCUGAUAAAGACCCACCCGUUGAUGUUGAAGCUUCACCUGAUAAAGACCCACCCGUUGAUGUUGAAGCUUCACCUGAUAAAGACACACCUGUUAAUGUUGAAGCUUCACCUGAUAAAGACACACCCGUUGAUGUUGAAGCUUCACCUGAUAAAGACACACCCGUUGAUGUUGAAGCUUCACCUGAUAAAGACACACCUGUUAAUGUUGAAACUUCACCUGAUAAAGACCCACCCGUUGAUGUUGAAGCUUCACCUGAUAAAGACCCACCCGUUGAUGUUGAAGCUUCACCUGAUAAAGACCCACCCGUUGAUGUUGAAGCUUCACCUGAUAAAGACCCACCCGUUGAUGUUGAAGCUUCACCUGAUAAAGACACACCCGUUGAUGUUGAAACUUCACCUGAUAAAGACACACCCGUUGAUGUUGAAACAGAUAUUGAAAAUUCAGAUGAUAAUGCGGUGGAAAGUUCUGACACACAAUGUCAAGGGAGCUCGGGAAGUGUAUCUGAAUGGGAAGCAGUAGAAAUAAAUGAGAAUGUACAAGGUGUUGCAUCUCUUCUGGCACGUUCUUCACGCGUAAGAAAACAACUAUUUCCUGAAGCCACAAACAAAGAAAGUGUUGGUAGUAAUUCUGUGCCAGUGGGUGAUAAAUCACUAUCAUCUUCUCUCAGAACAUAUGUAAAGGGGAAAGAUAGUACAAACAGUGGAAGUAACUUGAGUGGUGAUGAGUUCGGUCAGCCCAAGAAAAGGACCAGGUAUAGUCUGCGCAAUAUUAAAGAGGAAAACAGUGGAAGUAACACAAGUGGUGAUGAGUUCGGUCAGCCCAAGAAAAGGACCAGGUAUAGUCUGCGCAAUAUUAAAGAGGAAAACAGUGGAAGUAACACAAGUGGUGAUGAGUUCGGUCAGCUCAAGAAAAGGACCAGGUAUAGUCUGCGCAAUAUUAAAGAGGAAAACAGUGGAAGUAACACAAGUGGUGAUGAGUUCGGUCAGCCCAAGAAAAGGACCAGGUAUAGUCUGAGCAAUAUUAAAGAGGGAGGAUCACUGGAUUAUGACAACAACGAAACCAUAGAUUGCAAAAAGUUAAAUCAGGGAAAAGAUUGUAAAUUGAUGGGAAGAUGCUCAGUAAGGUUGACUAAAAUCCAGCUGUUCUCAGUCGGGAAGACUCGCUCUUGUGAUUCAAACUUGUAGAACUAAAUUCAUAAGCUUAAGAUUUACUGUGUAUUUUAUAUUUUCUUUGCUUAAUGCCAACACAUUUUGUUCGGCACAGAGAGGCCACUGUACACAGAAAGUUAAGACUAUUAGUUUGUGUAAAUAUAAUUGAACUAACACCUUUCUUAUAUGUUAUUUCCUAUCUCCUUCUUAUAUGUUAUUUCCUAUCUCCUUCUUAUAUGUUAUUUCCUUUCUCCUAUUUGAGGUUUCUCAAUCCCUUGAACCCACCAGAAGAGUGUAAAAAGUAGAGUUAAAAGAUAAAACAUAACAGUUGAAUUAUUAGUUAUAAUAAAGAGGUUUGAUCAUCUUAGGCAAUGUUAGAUUGAGAAGAAACUUCCAGUUACGACCCUGGCAUUACCAGAGGGCGUUCGUGUCUGGCAAAUUUAUUGUUCUCGAUUGAUGAUGGACACAAUUGUGAUGUAUACCUCGACUUUAGCAAAUCCUUUGAUGGGGUGAAGGCAAGGUAAGGAUUGCUUCAUGAAUUAGCACACUGAUAGAUCUUUACCUUUAUACAGUACUUUGUCUUGUUUAUGUGUGCACCAUAUGU